AUGGCUCCUAAAGGCAAUAAGAAGAAGAGUGCCGGAGCUGGCUCGGGAAAUAGUAUAUCUACUGCGCAGAUCUUCCAAGAAGGAUCAAAGGAACUUGAAGAACUCACACGGAAGGAAAAUGAAAAGAUUGAAGCUUUGCAACAGUUGAAGAAGCAAAAGGAAUCCACUAACCCGGCAACUGAUCGGGAUGAUGAUCCUUCCGAGUAUAACUUCCCUAUGAACGUCAUUUUCUACGUUCAGGACUUUGUCAAUGAUAACAUGACGUUCAUAAAGUUUGUUCAGUUGAUGGUGCAGGCUUAUGUUGUUGAGAUCUUAUGGUUUCAAAGGGAGAAAUAUGAUGAUUUGGUUAGAACGUUGCCCUUCAUUGGAUUCAAUUAUCUUGGGGUGUUUUUGGGGUUGUUUGGGAUCUAUUACUCUCAAGCAAAGCAACAUAAGAAACGUCCUGAUGUUGUUGCACCUCCAGUUGCCCCCUCGUUUGACUUGAUUUAUGCCGUGCUCUUCCCGGUUUAUUUGAGUAUUAUUCUUGGUAUUGACGAAUUUUUGGUGGUCAAUAUGGCUUUAAACUAUUUUAUCUUGGAUAAGAACUUGCACGCAGGAUUCAAGGGUCUUUCGGCUAUCACAUACUACUGGAUGUAUGCCUCGGACUUCAGCGAAACUUCAGUUCCCAUAUUUCAAAUGGUCCAAUACGUAGUGGCGUUUUAUUUCAUAAAAACGGUUAUUGAAUACGUUAAUGAAAGAAAUGGAAAGAGAACUCUUGCUGAUGGUGAAAUUCAAUUGGUUUCAUUGGCUUUGUUUAACAUCUUUGGUAAUCUUCUGAUUAUAAACACUCCAAUUCUUCCUAUUCAAAUCUUCUCUAAAUUAUUGGUGGCCUUGACGUUUGCCUCAGUGUUCAGUUUCCCCUUCUACUAUGCCUACAACCGCUAUAAUCGGUCCUUGUUGUGGGCUAUUUGCACUUCAAUUGUGUUUAGUGGUGUCUUUUAUUAUGUUACUGAUUUUGCCUUGAACCCAAUACUUGAUCAACAGCCUAUUGAUUGGUUAUUGGCUUACGUCCAAGAAACUCCUCAAAGAAUUUAUUUGAUUAAAGUCUGGGCUUCAAUUCUCUUGGUUUCUAUCCCUGCAAUGCUUAGUCCCUUGUCAUCUGUUUUACCUUUGAACAUCAAGAGAAAAACCUGGCAUUUCGUCUUAUUCUUUUCCAUCUUAUUUGCUACGGGCUUUGAUGCCACAAGUAUCACCAAUGAUCCAGAAUUCCACUUAUUGGCAUUAUUGGGCUCCUCUUGUGUUUUAAUUGGUGUUGAAAUCAUUAGAGCCUCGGAGUUUACCGGAUUGGGUAAUAUCAUUAACUCUUUAAUGUUACCCUUCCAAGAUGCAAAGGACUUACAAGGACCUUUGAACUUAAGUUAUAUCUUUCUUUUAUUGGGGGUAGCCAUCCCCUUCGGGAUUACUUACUGGAAAACCGGUACAGUCGAACCUUCGUCGUUUAUUGGUUUCAUCAGUUUGGGGAUCUGUGACUCUGUGGCAUCUAUAGUUGGCCAAUUAUGUGGUACUGUUAAAUGGAAGGGUUCAGAUAAAUCCAUUCAAGGUACUCUUGCCUUUACAUCUACAGGAUUGCUUGUGUUUAAGCUCUUGGAUGAUUUUUACUUCAUAAAUAAGGUCACCAAUUGGGAGAAUGUCCUUAUUACCUUUUUGGUGGGAGGUGUAUUUGAAGGGGUAUGUGAAUUGAAUGAUAACUUAUUGCUUCCUAUUUUCAUGAGUAUUGUUUUACAUCUUAUGAACAUUGGCUUUUAG